GGUCAUUGAUGAAACGUUCACAUGUGUGAAGUCAGUAGAGCGCCCGGUGAAGUGUAGUUCUGUCUUAGUUUAUUAUACAUUAUUUAUUAAAAAUUAAUUUAAUUUAAAAAAGAUGGAUAGCUUUGGAUCAGAUUUUUCCUCCGGAUCAGGACCUGGGAAGAUGGACACGGGCGCCAUUAUGGAGCAGGUGAAGGUGCAGAUAGCGGUGGCGAACGCUCAGGAGCUGCUGCAGAGAAUGACGGAUAAAUGCUUUAAGAAGUGCAUCGGCAAACCAGGCAGCACAUUGGACAAUUCAGAACAGAAAUGCAUUGCCAUGUGCAUGGACCGGUAUAUGGACGCCUGGAACACAGUUUCUCGCACCUACAACUCAAGACUUCAGCGAGAGCGAGCACGUAUGUGAUGCAUGCGUUCCAGCUUGUUCUGCCUCACUGUGACUCAGAUCCCUGGAUAAAAGGCUUUGGGCUGAAAACACAAUAAGCUGACAGCUGAAAGCCAUCAGGGGAACCUGGAGGCCAUGAUUUUUCGACUCGGGAACAUCUUUCAGGACAUUUUUCUUCAUUCUGUUAAUGAUUGGUGGACAUUUUGCUUGAUUUUAUAAAAUCACUAUAAUAAGCUUCAAACCUUAAAGUGUAGGUCUGAAUCAAGUUUGAUCAGUGUUUAAAAUCCUGUCGUUAGUGUGUAAGCAUGUUUAAAUAACGUUUUUUUUUUUUUUUUUUUUAAUUGGUCAUGACUGAGCAGAUUGUUAGUCAAAUCAAGCCUGUGUCCACAGUGGCACUUCUUUAGUCGGACUUGUCCUCGUGUGGACACUACACCCUCCCGCCGGGAUCAGAGUCGUCUCGUCUUCCCGUCUUGUGCUCCACAAACCUAAUUCCUUUCAUCAUGGACAAUUCAGGACCGUCUCUCUUUUCAUAACUGUAGACUCUUCUCGAGGACGCGCCACGCAGCCCUACUUACUUGCCUGCAUCGAAACAAAAUGCAAUUGUCGCAGGCAGAUUCUGGUUUGUCACACAAUCUCCUGACUACAAAAGUGGGUUUGUUUAAACACUGAUCACUUCACCAUGGAUCCUGCAAUAAAAGCAGCUUACAUUGUGUACAAA